AGUGUCCUGCAAAGAUGGAAGUAGACGACAGAGAAUCAUCUUGUAUCGCGAAGAUGUCCCCGGGUACGUCCAGCUUCGCAGACCGUCUAAAAACCUUGAGCCGUUCGUGGCAGUGAGAGAUGAGAAGAGUUGAGGGCACCAAAUAAAGAGGAACUGCAGGGACGCUCACAAUUGACACGAGAUAGCCAGGACUAGCUGUGAAGAUGGAGAAAGCUGCACUGCUGCUGUUUUGUUGCCUGGUCAUGUCUUUAUCAGGCUCCCCGCUCUACCCAUCCAUUAGGUUUGGCCAGAGGGAUACAUCCAUUCUGAUGACAUCUUCUAUAAAGAAUCCAGCAGAGCAGCCGGAGGAAGACGCGCGUGCUCCCAGGGAGCGAGCAGAGUUACGCUCCGGACGCCACGCUGAUGCCAUCUUUACCAACAGUUACAGGAAAGUCCUGGGCCAAAUCUCUGCCAGGAAGUUCCUUCAGACAAUCAUGGGCAAACGGCUGGGAGAGGAAAGUGCGAGCUACAUGAAACGUCAGUCUAAUAUCUACGAAGGGACCUAUAAAGAAGAUCUGACAUCCAUCCAGAGCGAUCAGAGAUACAGAGGAGUGCAAAGGAAUGUCAUGAGGCCCAGACUGCUGAGUUGAGAUUGGUGGAUCGGACAGAUUCAAGGCUGCCUGUGCUCCGCUCCAACGGCACGUUUCAUAACCAUCACUGCUUGUUUUCUUAUACUUCUUCCAGCCUGGUCUUUACAGAUGAAAAUGAUAUUGUCAUAUUUUUUUGUUGAAUUCCCAUUAAACCCGUGAAGAAAACUUACA